AUGCCCAAUUCCGAAGAAUACAGCCACGGUCCUUUUAUUUCCAAUCUUCUCACUGGGAUAUUUGGCAUAUCUGACGACGGCUUGACCGUCCACCGAGAUGGUGUCGCCACCAACAACCAUGUGUACAUGAUACACCUUGCCGAGCCUACCAAGAGUGAGCCACGUCCGAAAGAUGCGUCGCUCAAGCCAUUCACGUGCCCCAUUCCGAAAGGCACCUCGCGUUUGGUGGUGCGCAUCUUGUCGCUCAUAUCGACCCUUUGCUCUUCCCUCGAAUAUUCAGCUGGGAUGACACGGCCAUCUCCGGGCUCGGUUCCUCAAGCUCCGCAUCUCCUAGUUACAUCCUGGAGGAGUUGA